CACGCCUUUCCCACAGUGCCCCGCGCCAGGCUCCGCCCCGUCUCGUCCGGGAGGCCGGGCUCAAGGAGCCGCGCUCGCUACAGCCGGGACCGCUUAACCUUCCCCGUUCCGAGCGCGGGGACCGGCUUUCGGAGAGAGCGUGUUUCCUUCCCACACGCACACCUGCGCUUGGCCGGGUAGGGUCAGCGGUGGGAGAAUGAAGAUGGGGGAGUGGCUGCUGGUGGCGACCCCGCAACACUGAGAUUAACAGUUGGGAGACAAUGUUAUGAUGCUUGAGUCACCCUUGGAGUAAUUGGACAGACCUCCUCAGUCUUGCAGGUUACAUCAACUGGAACCAGCGGUGUAUCUUAAUGUUCACUUAAAUCAGCACUCGUAUAAGGAAAAAAAAAUGGGAAUCUGGUUAAAUAAAGAUGACUAUGUCAAAGACUUGAGAAAGGUCAUUCUCUGUUUUCUAAUAGUGUAUAUGGCUAUUUUAGUGGACACAGACCAGGAUUUUUACAGUUUACUUGGUGUAUCCAAAACUGCAAGCAGUAGAGAAAUACGACAAGCUUUCAAGAAGCUGGCAUUGAAACUUCAUCCUGAUAAAAACCCGAAUAACCCAAAUGCACAUAGUGACUUUUUAAAAAUAAAUAGAGCAUAUGAAGUACUCAAAGAUGAAGAUCUGAGGAAAAAGUAUGACAAAUAUGGAGAAAAGGGACUUGCAGAUAAUCAAGAAGGAGGCCGGUAUGAAAGCUGGAAUUAUUAUCGUUACGAUUUUGGUAUUUAUGAUGAUGAUCCGGAAAUCAUAACAUUGGAUAGAAGAGAAUUUGAUGCUGCUAUUAAUUCUGGAGAACUGUGGUUUGUGAACUUUUACUCCCCAGGAUGUUCACACUGCCAUGAUUUAGCUCCCACAUGGAGAGACUUUGCUAAAGAAGUGGAUGGAUUACUUCGAAUUGGAGCUGUUAAUUGUGGUGAUGAUAGAAGGCUUUGCCGAAUGAAGGGAGUGAACAGCUAUCCCAGCCUCUUCAUUUUUAGGUCUGGAAUGGCUGCAGUGAAAUACCAUGGUGACAGAUCAAAGGAAAGUUUAGUGAGUUUUGCCAUGCAGCAUGUUAGAAGUACAGUGACAGAAUUAUGGACAGGAAAUUUUGUUAAUGCCAUACAAACUGCUUUUGCUGCUGGUAUCGGCUGGCUGAUCACUUUUUGUUCCAAAGGAGGAGAUUGUUUGACUUCACAGACACGUCUCAGGCUUAGUGGCAUGUUGGAUGGUCUUGUUAAUGUGGGCUGGAUGGACUGUGCCACCCAGGGCAACCUUUGUACAAGUUUGGAUAUUACGACAAGUACUACCGCUUAUUUUCCUCCUGGAGCCACUUUAAAUAACAAAGAGAAAAGCAGUGUUUUGUUUCUUAAUUCAUUGGAUGCUAAAGAAAUAUAUUUGGAAAUAAUGCAUAAUCUUCCAGAUUUUGAACUGCUCUCAGCUGAUACACUAGAGGAUCGUUUGGCUCAUCACCGAUGGCUCUUAUUUUUUCAUUUUGGAGAAAAUGGAAAUUCAGCUGAUCCUGAGUUGAAGAAACUAAAGACUCUACUUAAAAAUGAGCAUAUUCAAAUUGGCAAGUUUGACUGUUCCACUGCACCAGGCAUCUGUAGUGAUCUCUAUGUUUUUCAGCCAUGUCUAGCAGUGUUUAAAGGACAAGGAACCAAAGAAUAUGAAAUUCAUCAUGGAAAGAAGAUUCUAUAUGAUAUACUUGCCUUUGCCAAAGAAAGUGUUCAUUCUCAUGUUACCACACUUGGACCUCAGAAUUUUCCUGCCAAUCACAAAGAACCAUGGCUUGUUGAUUUUUUUGCCCCUUGGUGCCCACCAUGUCGAGCUUUAUUGCCAGAGUUACGAAAAGCAUCAAAACAUCUUUAUGGUCAGCUUAAGUUUGGUACACUAGAUUGUACAGUUCACGAGGGACUCUGUAACAUGUAUAACAUUCAGGCUUAUCCAACAACAGUGGUGUUCAACCAGUCCAACAUUCAUGAAUAUGAAGGACAUCACUCUGCCGAACAGAUCUUGGAGUUCAUAGAGGACCUUAGGAAUCCUUCGGUGAUCUCCCUGACACCCACUACUUUCAAUGAACUAGUUAAACAAAGAAAACAUGAUGAAGUCUGGAUGGUUGAUUUCUAUUCUCCAUGGUGUCAUCCAUGUCAAGUUUUAAUGCCAGAAUGGAAAAGAAUGGCCCGGACAUUAAUUGGACUGAUCAAUGUGGGCAGCAUAGACUGCCAACAGUAUCAUUCUUUUUGUACUGAAGAAAAUGUUCAAAGAUACCCUGAGAUAAGAUUUUUUCCCCCAAAAUCAAAUAAAGGGUAUCAGUAUCAUAGUUACAAUGGUUGGAAUAGGGAUGCCUAUUCCCUGAGAAUCUGGGGUCUAGGAUUUUUGCCUCAAGCGUCCAUAGAUCUAACACCUCAGACCUUCAAUGAAAAAGUUUUACAAGGGAAAAACCAUUGGGUGGUUGACUUCUAUGCUCCUUGGUGUGGUCCUUGCCAAAAUUUUGCUCCAGAGUUUGAGCUCUUGGCUAGGAUGAUUAAAGGAAAAGUGAAAGCUGGAAAAGUAGACUGUCAGGCUCAUGCUCAAAUAUGCCAGAAAGCUGGCAUCAGAGCCUAUCCAACUGUUAGGUUUUAUCCCUACGAAAGAGCAAAGAGGAAUAUUUGGGGAGAGCAAAUAGAUUCCAGAGAUGCAAAAGAGAUCACUAACUUAAUACAUGAAAAAUUGGAAAAUCUCCAAAAACAUGCAAAGAGAGAUAAGGAUGAGCUUUAGUGAUACUGAAGAUGAAGAAAAAAUUGAAAAGAUUCUGACAAGUGACAUCAGAAUACACCUUUUUAGACUGUUACUACAUUCGUGGUGGAAAUAGAAGAACAUUAUAUUGAACGUGUAAUUACACCAUCUAAAUUCUAUACAACAUUGGUAUGAAUGAAGGGUCUGCAAGUUUUUUCUACAGAGGGUCAAAUCAUAAAUGUUUUAGGCUUUGUAGACCAUAUGCAGUUCUUGUUCACAUACAGUUGUUUUGUUUUGUUUGUUUGUUUUGUUUACAAUCCUUUGAAAAAUGUAAAAACCAUUCUUAGCUGAGGGCCAUUGAAUAAUAGGCCACAAGCCACAUUCGGUCCACGGGCCAUACGUUGCUGACUACUGGAAAUGAUGUUUGGGCUGGCUGGCUUGAACAUGAGCCUACUCUGCUGGUACAUACGCACAUGUCUAAGCUGUACAAUAUGAACUAGGUCACUUAAAGUGCUGUGGCUCACCUGAAAGGGGGGAACUUGGUUUUAGGUCAUCCAUUCUUCUAAAGAUUCUUUAAAAUUGAUUUUCUAAUCACGUAUUUCAUUUAAAAAUGAUGUGGCAAAAUAAACAGAUAUCCUGUUUUCAUGAUGUAUUAUAGUGAAGAGAUUCUUCAUUUUCUUUCUUUACUUAAAGGCUGAGUAAUUGAUUUUAAUUUUUCACAAUUAAGAAAGAAAUGUUUUAAAGUAAAUGAACAUUCUAUAGAUUUCUACAACAUUCGUAAAUAUCUGCGGGGAAAAAAUACGUAUAGCAAUUAACAGGACUCUAGCCUAUCCCAAAUAUAGCAAGUAUUUAGAUUUCUAUUAUUUUAAAAAUAUGUCUUAAUUUAUUUUCUAAGUAUU